AUGGGCAUAUCAAAGCUACUGGUUCGUUUUUUGCUAGUUAAUCCUAGAGCUUGUUCCUGAAUGUCGGCCAGUUUCCCUGUCCCUGCACCUGGCCCCUUUAAUUCUCAAUCGCCGGUCUUCCCCCAGCCAUUCGCCUUUCCAGCCGAGGCAUAUCAACAGGGAUUCAACCCUUCUUCAAACCCGUUUCCAACAUCAAAUGGAGCGCAUCACUCGAAUCCGAUGUUUGAUGCGAAGCAAAUUAACGGGUAUGGAUUCACGAGUACGCAAGCACCUAUAGGUGGUGCAAGCCUAAUCUCUCCAACAGCGAGCGUUCAGGCUCCAUUUGGUGCUCAUCCAAUGCGUCAAUUUCAUCAACCGGGAAUGCCAAAACCAUGCGUCGCUAUUCGACCAAGAAUGCUUCAACAUAUGGGUGGUGUGAUGCCCAUGAACGGUCAAAUGCAUCAAAUGCCAAAUCAGCAACCACCACUUACACCAAUCAGUCAUCAACAACAGCAGCAUCAGUUGCAGCAACAUCAGCAACAACAACAGCAACAACAAUUACAACACCAGCAGCAGCACCACCACCAACAGCAACAACAACAACAACAACAGCAGCAGCAGUUGCAACAACAGCAACAGUUGCAACAGCAGCAGCAAGUGCAACAACAACAACAACAACAACAGCCACAUUUGCAGCACCAACAGCAGCAGCAACAACUAUCUGUUCAACAAGGAAUGCACCAACAGGCAUCUAAUAGUCAGCAUAUUCCAUCACAGUCACCAAAUCAGGCUCAUCCAUGCUCAAGUCCGAUGCAAGGCAACAUGCAAAGUCCCGGAUCUAACAGGGUAGUAUAUUCUACAAACACCAUUAGACCGUCAUCAAACGGAAACAGUCAUAUGAAGACCGAACCAUCUCCAGCUGGUAUGCAACAAGCGUCAGGUGAUCAGAUUUCAAUGAAUUCGGGAAUAUCAGCUGGCACAGCGAUGAGCCCAACAUCAUGUUCUGUAUACGGUGGCAGCUCACAGCCUCCGCUGGCUUCGGAUCAAGGACCACCUCCACCACCGAUUUCUAGCACUCCUUUUCCUCUUGUCACUCAUUACGAUAUGCCACCUGCUUUUCAGCAUUUACAGGAAUCGUUUCAGAUGAGAAAUCCGGGACUUCAAAUGUAUUAUAAGCGGCGAAAAACUUUGCUAGUUUUGCCUUACCCUAACUGCUCUAAUCUUCCUAAUGUGGCGCCGGUUGAGCCGCCAACCUUUGCGUUUCUACCACAUACGAAACAUUACGAUGUAGUCUACGAUAGACGAUAUCCGACAAUGAAUCCAAUGUUACAAAGCCAAGCUGGGAUGCAUAAUAGGCAACCAUUACAAAGCCCUCAGAUGAUGUCUCCUGCCUUUACGCAGCCUCAGCCACCUAAUAAGGCCAAGGCUCCACCGGCGAAGAAGGCACGAAGUGACUCAACCGAUGCAAGCUAUUCUGGUAUGCCCUCGAACAAUGGUAUGAUGUUGGCACCUGGAUGUAUGCCGCCACGUCACAUCCAACAAAUGCCACCGGAUAUGUUGCAACACUAUGGUGUUGUGCCCACGUCGCACAUGGGAAUGAAUCCAACUACUAUGCAACAGUACUAUCCUGGUGCAUCACCAAGUGCAGUACCAACAAGCGUGGCUGCAUCUGUGAGUAACGCAUCGUCCAUGAAUAUGUCGAAUGGGAUGUAUCCUAUGGGUGGCGCGCCUCAUAGCAGUGCAUCAAUGAGCAUGAGUCGACUUUCGGAUAUGUCACAACAAGUGAACGACAACAGUGAGUGA